UGGCAAGAAUGUGGGAUGAGUCUUUUUCCAUUUCUGCAUGGCCGAGCAGCCCCUGAUCGACCAGGCCGUGGUGGUCUGUCCGAAGCCGGGACACAUCGUUGGUGACACGGAGGCAGAGCCUGCCGGGCUGAGGAUGAGAGGAGUGGCAGACUUUCAACAAAACUUCCCACAAGUAGUUUGGCCGCACCCGGCCGGCCCCCUCCGCGGCCCCGCUCCUCCCCGUCAACUGCGCGUAAAACCAAAGGCGAGAACCAAAGUGUGGACAUGAAAGCACAAGGGUAGAAGGGGAACUAAAGAACAAACGCAUCGUUUUCCUCCCUCGGCGCGCGGCGCCAUGAAGCCACUGCUGCGCCUCGUCGUCUCCGUGUGGACUCUGCUGGUCUGCAGCGCGCUGCCCGAGAACUCCCGUGCAGAAUGUGGUGUCAGGAAAUGUGACGGCAAUGAAACAGAAACAUUUACAACAACGACGAUGACAGCAGUCGUGUCUGCAUCAUGGCAUAACUGCACUUUAUUCAUUGGGAAUGAUAUCUUUGUAAACGGUUCGGUGACUGGUCUGACCCCUGGAGCUGUCCAUCAAGUCUUCGUUAGCUGUUUGAACUGCUGUAAAGAGAUCACGACGAAGCCUGAAGUCGUCGGUAACCUCAGAGUCACCAACGCCACCACGUCCUCUGUGUCUCUGACCUGGACUGAACCAGCAGGAAACCGCUCUGUCUAUAGAGUACAGUGGGCAGACGGACAUUCCAACGGCACGUCACGUAAUGUGUCUGGAACAAAUAUCAUCAUCAACAACCUGACGGCCGGUGUCCUGUAUUAUAUAAGUGUUGCUGCAGUGGCAGACGACGGCCACACGGAGGGACGGAACGUCACCGUUGAGCGGUACACAAAGCCUGAAAUAGUUUUGUCCCUCAAUGCCACUGAAAUCACAACGUCCUCUGUAUAUGUGACUUGGACUGAACCAAAGGGAAAUCGCUCAUUUUAUAGAGUCCAGUGGACUAAUGGGACAAAAACACAGACGGUCAAUGUGAGGGAAACAAAUAUAAAUGUGACCGAGCUGACAGCUGGAGUGAAGUACACUUUUACAGUCACAGCAGUGGCCGACGAUAACCAAACAGAAAGUGAAACAGCAGAGAGUUCUCAUUAUACAAAGCCUGAAAUAGUUUUGUCCCUCAAUGCCACUGAAAUCACAACGUCCUCUGUAUAUGUGACUUGGACUGAACCAAAGGGAAAUCGCUCAUUUUAUAGAGUCCAGUGGACUAAUGGGACAAAAACACAGACGGUCAAUGUGAGUGAAACAAAUAUAAAUGUGACUGAGCUGACAGCUGGAGUGAAGUACACUUUUACAGUCACAGCAGUGGCCGACGAUAACCAAACAGAAAGUGAAACAGCAGAGAGUUCUCAUUAUACAAAGCCUGAAAUAGUUUUGUCCCUCAAUGCCACUGAAAUCACAACGUCCUCUGUAUAUGUGACUUGGACUGAACCAAAGGGAAAUCGCUCAUUUUAUAGAGUCCAGUGGACUAAUGGGACAAAAACACAGACGGUCAAUGUGAGUGAAACAAAUAUAAAUGUGACCGAGCUGACAGCUGGAGUGAAGUACACUUUUACAGUCACAGCAGUGGCCGACGAUAACCAAACAGAAAGUGAAACAGCAGAGAGUUCUCAUUAUACAAAGCCUGAAAUAGUUUUGUCCCUCAAUGCCACUGAAAUCACAACGUCCUCUGUAUAUGUGACUUGGACUGAACCAAAGGGAAAUCGCUCAUUUUAUAGAGUCCAGUGGACUAAUGGGACAAAAACACAGACGGUCAAUGUGAGUGAAACAAAUAUAAAUGUGACUGAGCUGACAGCUGGAAUGAAGUACACUUUUACAGUCACAGCAGUGGCCGACGAUAACCAAACAGAAAGUGAAACAGCAGAGAGUUCUCAUUAUACAAAGCCUGAAAUAGUUUUGUCCCUCAAUGCCACUGAAAUCACAACGUCCUCUGUAUAUGUGACUUGGACUGAACCAAAGGGAAAUCGCUCAUUUUAUAGAGUCCAGUGGACUAAUGGGACAAAAACACAGACGGUCAAUGUGAGUGAAACAAAUAUAAAUGUGACUGAGCUGACAGCUGGAGUGAAGUACACUUUUACAGUCACAGCAGUGGCCGAAGAUAACCAAACAGAAAGUGAAACAGCAGAGAGUUCUCAUUAUACAAAGCCUGAAAUAGUUUUGUCCCUCAAUGCCACUGAAAUCACAACGUCCUCUGUAUAUGUGACUUGGACUGAACCAAAGGGAAAUCGCUCAUUUUAUAGAGUCCAGUGGACUAAUGGGACAAAAACACAGACGGUCAAUGUGAGGGAAACAAAUAUAAAUGUGACUGAGCUGACAGCUGGAGUGAAGUACACUUUUACAGUCACAGCAGUGGCCGACGAUAACCAAACAGAAAGUGAAACAGCAGAGAGUUCUCAUUAUACAAAGCCUGAAAUAGUUUUGUCCCUCAAUGCCACUGAAAUCACAACGUCCUCUGUAUAUGUGACUUGGACUGAACCAAAGGGAAAUCGCUCAUUUUAUAGAGUCCAGUGGACUAAUGGGACAAAAACACAGACGGUCAAUGUGAGGGAAACAAAUAUAAAUGUGACUGAGCUGACAGCUGGAGUGAAGUACACUUUUACAGUCACAGCAGUGGCCGACGAUAACCAAACAGAAAGUGAAACAGCAGAGAGUUCUCAUUAUACAAAGCCUGAAAUAGUUUUGUCCCUCAAUGCCACUGAAAUCACAACGUCCUCUGUAUAUGUGACUUGGACUGAACCAAAGGGAAAUCGCUCAUUUUAUAGAGUCCAGUGGACUAAUGGGACAAAAACACAGACGGUCAAUGUGAGUGAAACAAAUAUAAAUGUGACUGAGCUGACAGCUGGAGUGAAGUACACUUUUACAGUCACAGCAGUGGCCGACGAUAACCAAACAGAAAGUGAAACAGCAGAGAGUUCUCAUUAUACAAAGCCUGAAAUAGUUUUGUCCCUCAAUGCCACUGAAAUCACAACGUCCUCUGUAUAUGUGACUUGGACUGAACCAAAGGGAAAUCGCUCAUUUUAUAGAGUCCAGUGGACUAAUGGGACAAAAACACAGACGGUCAAUGUGAGUGAAACAAAUAUAAAUGUGACCGAGCUGACAGCUGGAGUGAAGUACACUUUUACAGUCACAGCAGUGGCCGACGAUAACCAAACAGAAAGUGAAACAGCAGAGAGUUCUCAUUAUACAAAGCCUGAAAUAGUUUUGUCCCUCAAUGCCACUGAAAUCACAACGUCCUCUGUAUAUGUGACUUGGACUGAACCAAAGGGAAAUCGCUCAUUUUAUAGAGUCCAGUGGACUAAUGGGACAAAAACACAGACGGUCAAUGUGAGUGAAACAAAUAUAAAUGUGACUGAGCUGACAGCUGGAGUGAAGUACACUUUUACAGUCACAGCAGUGGCCGACGAUAACCAAACAGAAAGUGAAACAGCAGAGAGUUCUCAUUAUACAAAGCCUGAAAUAGUUUUGUCCCUCAAUGCCACUGAAAUCACAACGUCCUCUGUAUAUGUGACUUGGACUGAACCAAAGGGAAAUCGCUCAUUUUAUAGAGUCCAGUGGACUAAUGGGACAAAAACACAGACGGUCAAUGUGAGUGAAACAAAUAUAAAUGUGACUGAGCUGACAGCUGGAGUGAAGUACACUUUUACAGUCACAGCAGUGGCCGACGAUAACCAAACAGAAAGUGAAACAGCAGAGAUUUCUCAUUAUACAAAACCAGGUGUAAUUGGGAAACUUACUGUUUCCUCUAACACCUCCUCCAUCUUUUUGAGCUGGACCCCACCUCCCGGUCAGGUGUUCAUGUACAUGUUGAAGUGGCAGGAUGGCGGAGCACUGAUGACCACAUACACGAACGACACCUUUGCUGUGCUGUCAGAGCGGAUCUCUGGUACUCACUACACAAUCCCAGUCGUCGCUGUUGCUGGAGACAAUUCGACACAAGGAGACCCUCGCAUAUUCAUGUAUUACACAAAGCCUGAGCCGGUACAACCCAGCAUCUCCAGCCAGGGCUCCAAUAGUUCAGUCCUGGUGUCGUGGAACAUACCUGCUGGGAAGGUGGCAUAUUUUGAGGUUUCUCUGAGCAGCACUUCUUUGGCUUUAAAUGAACAAGUGCCGAACUCCAACAGUACCUCUUUUCUGUUUGAAACACUGUCGGCUGGGACACUUUACACUGCCAGGGUAAUCACAUAUAGUGGACCCUUCAAUGCAUCAUCUGGAUUUGUCACUAAUGCAACUUUCCCAAACCCUCCUGGAUCCAUCGAGGUCCUGACAAAGACCCCCAGCUCCAUUGAGAUCAGGUGGAUUGAAGCUCCUCUGAUGACCGGUGCUUCAUUCGUCUACAAAUUGACUAUAACAUUAUCCCAGCCAGGAGGAUUCAUCACUACCACCAACACCAGUCACACUUUUGACUCCCUGGUUUCUGGGACUUCCUACAACAUCUCCAUUGUAACAGUGGGAGUCAUGGAUUUUGAGAGCGAGGAGGUUCACAUUAACAUGGUUUCCACAAGACCUUAUAGUAUACGUGGGUUGGAGGUUGUAACUUCAAACACAACCACUGUACUUCUGAAUUGGACUAAACCGCUGGAGUACAAGACUGAAUAUACAUAUCAGGUCCAGACGACAGGCUGUGGCUCCCAAAACAAAACCGUAGCAGAAGAAAUGGCAGAGAUCUCAGAGCUCAUCCCAGGGACCAACUGCACCUUCUGUGUUUCGGUCAUUGCAGCGGGUGAAAACGAAGGGGAAGCAAACUGCAUCUCGCAGUACACUAAGCCUGAGCCGGUACAACCCAGCAUCUCCAGCCAGGGCUCCAAUAGUUCAGUCCUGGUGUCGUGGAACAUACCUGCUGGGAAGGUGGCAUAUUUUGAGGUUUCUCUGAACAGCACUUACUUGGCUUUAAAUGAACAACAACAGUUGAACUCCAACAGUACCUCUUUUCGGUUUGAAACACUGUUGGCUGGGACACUUUACACUGCCAGGGUAAUCACAUAUAGUGGACCCUUCAGUGCAUCAUCUGGAUUUGUCACUAAUGCAACUUUCCCAAACCCUCCUGGAUCCAUCGAGGUCCUGACAAAGACCCCCAGCUCCAUUGAGAUCAGGUGGAUGGAAGCUCCUCUGAUGACCGGUGCUUCAUUCGUCUACAAAUUGACUAUAACAUUAUCCCAGGCAGGAGGAUUCAUCACUGCCACCAACACCAGUCACACUUUUGACUCCCUGGUUUCUGGGACUUCCUACAACAUCUCCAUUGUAACAGUGGGAGUCAUGGAUUUUGAGAGCGAGGAGGUUCACAUCGACAUGGUUUCUACAAGACCUUAUAGUAUACGUGGGUUGGAGCUUGUAACUUCAAACACAACCACUGUACUUCUGAAUUGGACUAAACCGCUGGAGUACAAGACUGAAUAUACAUAUCAGGUCCAGACGACAGGCUGUGGCUCCCAAAACAAAACUGUAGCAGAAGAAAUGGCAGAGAUCUCAGAGCUCAACCCAGGGACCAACUGCACCUUCUGUGUUUCGGUCAUUGCAGCGGGUGAAAACGAAGGGGAAGCGAACUGCAUCUCGCAGUACACUAAGCCUGAGCCGGUACAACCCAGCAUCUCCAGCCAGGGCUCCAAUAGUUCAGUCCUGGUGUCGUGGAACAUACCUCCUGGGAAGGUGGCAUAUUUUGAGGUUUCUCUGAACAGCACUUCUUUGGCUUUAAAUGAACGAGUGCUGAACUCCAACAGUACCUCUUUUCGGUUUGAAACACUGUCGGCUGGGACACUUUACACUGCCAGGGUAAUCACAUAUAGUGGACCUUUCAAUGCAUCAUCUGGAUUUGUCACUAAUGCAACUUUCCCAAACCCUCCUGGAUCCAUCGAGGUCCUGACAAAGACCCCCAGCUCCAUUGAGAUCAGGUGGAUGGAAGCUCCUCUGAUGACCGGUGCUUCAUUCGUCUACAAAUUGACUAUAACAUUAUCCCAGGCAGGAGGAUUCAUCACUACCACCAACACCAGUCACACUUUUGACUCCCUGGUUUCUGGGACUUCCUACAACAUCUCCAUUGUAACAGUGGGAGUCAUGGAUUUUGAGAGCGAGGAGGUUCACAUUAACAUGGUUUCUACAAGACCUUAUAGUAUACGUGGGUUGGAGGUUGUAACUUCAAACACAACCACUGUACUUCUGAAUUGGACUAAACCGCUGGAGUACAAGACUGAAUAUACAUAUCAGGUCCAGACGACAGGCUGUGGCUCCCAAAACAAAACCGUAGCAGAAGAAAUGGCAGAGAUCUCAGAGCUCAUCCCAGGGACCAACUGCACCUUCUGUGUUUCGGUCAUUGCAGCGGGUGAAAACGAAGGGGAAGCAAACUGCAUCUCGCAGUACACUAAGCCUGAGCCGGUACAACCCAGCAUCUCCAGCCAGGGCUCCAAUAGUUCAGUCCUGGUGUCGUGGAACAUACCUGCUGGGAAGGAGGCAUUUUUUGAGGUUUCUCUGAACAGCACUUCUUUGGCUUUAAAUGAACGAGUGCCGAACUCCAACAGUACCUCUUUUCUGUUUGAAACACUGUCGGCUGGGACACUUUACACUGCCAGGGUAAUCACAUAUAGUGGACCCUUCAAUGCAUCAUCUGGAUUUGUCACUAAUGCAACUUUCCCAAACCUUCCUGGAUCCAUCGAGGUCCUGACAAAGACCCCCAGCUCCAUUGAGAUCAGGUGGAUGGAAGCUCCUCUGAUGACCGGUGCUUCAUUCGUCUACAAAUUGACUAUAACACCCUCCCAGGCAGGAGGAUUCAUCACUGCCACCAACACCAGUCACACUUUUGACUCCCUGGUUUCUGGGACUUCCUACAACAUCUCCAUUGUAACAGUGGGAGUCAUGGAUUUUGAGAGCGAGGAGGUUCACAUCUACAUGGUUUCUACAAGACCUUAUAGUAUACGUGGGUUGGAGGUUGUAACUUCAAACACAACCACUGUACUUCUGAAUUGGACUAAACCGCUGGAGUACAAGACUGAAUAUACAUAUCAGGUCCAGGCGACAGGCUGUGGCUCCCAAAACAAAACCGUAGCAGAAGAAAUGGCAGAGAUCUCAGAGCUCAUCCCAGGGACCAACUGCACCUUCUGUGUUUCGGUCAUUGCAGCGGGUGAAACGGAAGGGGAAGCGAACUGCAUCUCGCAGUACACUAAGCCUGAGCCGGUACAACCCAGCAUCUCCAGCCAGGGCUCCAAUAGUUCAGUCCUGGUGUCGUGGAACAUACCUGCUGGGAAGGUGGCAUAUUUUGAGGUUUCUCUGAACAGCACUUCCUUGGCUUUAAAUAAACAAGUGCCGAACUCCAACAGUACCUCUUUUCUGUUUGAAACACUGUCGGCUGGGACACUUUACACUGCCAGGGUAAUCACAUAUAGUGGACCCUUCAAUGCAUCAUCUGGAUUUGUCACUAAUGCAACUUUCCCAAACCCUCCUGGAUCCAUCGAGGUCCUGACAAAGACCCCCAGCUCCAUUGAGAUCAGGUGGAUGGAAGCUCCUCUAAUGGCCCGUAGUUCAUUCUUCUACAAAUUGACUUUAACAUCAUCCCAGCCAGGUGGAUUCAUCAAUACCACCAACACCAGUCACACUUUUCGCUCCCUGCUUCCUGGGACUUCCUACAACAUCUCCAUUGUAACAGUGGGAGUCAUGGAUUUUGAGAGCGAGAAGGUUCACAUCUACAUGGUUUCUACAAAACAGUUGAGUGUGGAGUCUGUUGUGGCUCGUGCGGCACAAGAAGACAGCAUGACAGUCACAUGGGAAAAACCCGCAGAUUACGAAGGAAGCUGUUAUUACAAUUUGAACUGGCAAAGCCGAAAUGGCGUCAAAAGGAGAAACACAACGGAAACUGUGUAUACGAUCUAUGACCUGGAUCCUGGGACCCGAUAUAACGUUAGUGUCACCCCAGGGUCUGAUGGAAGACUGGGUGCGACAACAACGAACUCCAGCUGCACAAAUGCAAGCCCAGUGAAAGGCUUAACAUGUCACGGUCCAAACAAAGCAAAUGCAGAAAUCGUCCUGUCCUGGACCCAGCCCAGUGGCCAACACUCUGGCUUCCUGGUCACUGUAAAAGAGAACAAGAUCAGCAACUGGACAGACACCUGUUGCAAUCUUACUGUGUUCAACCUUCAUCACGACACGACAUACCAUCUGACCGUGAAGACGCUGAGCUGUGGACAGUCCAGCACUCCUGUGUCUCUUGACUGCAGGACAGGCAUUACAGAUCCACCCAUUCCGCCCUACUACGAGUCACUGUUGGUGGUGAGUUACGUGACACAGAACAAGUUCUCCAUUCAAAUUAACAGAACGCUGCUGGAUGGCAUCAACGGGCGAGUCACACAUGUUGGGGUGCUGGUGACAGAAAGCCCUCCUGUCCUUUCAGAUGACACCUCUAUUUUGAAAACAAAUUUGGGGAAGACUUAUGAUCAAUGGAGGGCGAAGGAAACUCAUGUUUACCUGGCAACAGUCAUUGAGGCCCACCCCUUGUCCCGCAGUGGAGAGAACCCUCUGAACAUAGAGGUGGGAGAUGGAUCCACAUGGGAGGGCUACACUAAUGGCGCUCUGGACGCCGAUGGAAAAUACCAAUAUGCCAUCGCGGUGUUCACCAGUCUGAUUUUGCAAAAUGGCCUAGUGAAUGGUGAUGUGUCACUGGUCUCAGUAACAAACUUCAGCCCUGCUGUUACACUCCCACCGUACCCAGCGGACAUAGGCAUUGCUAUCGGAGCAACAUUGGGAAUUUUUUCCGUUUUUGUCAUCGUCCUCAUUGGAUUCAUUAUCUACUGGAAAAGGUUUUCCCACAAAGAACAGCCGGACAUCCAGAUUCAUCCCAUGAGAGCCAAAGUGAGCGUGGCUGUGAGGGUGGAGGACUACGAGGCGUACUACAAGAAGAAGAGAGCCGACUCCAACUGUGGCUUUGCCGAAGAGUUUGAGGACCUGAAGAUUGUUGGUACGGGUCAGUCGAAAACGAAUGCUUUGCACUUAGAGAACAAGCCCAAGAACCGCUACAGCAACGUGCUCCCAUACGAAUCUUCUAGGGUGAAACUCUCUAUUAUCCAUGGAAGUCCAUAUGAUGACUACAUCAAUGCUAACUACAUGCCGGGUUACAACUCCAGGAAGGAGUAUAUUGCAGCUCAGGGUCCUUUGCCAGUCACACUCAGCGAGUUCUGGAGGAUGAUAUGGGAGAAGAACGUGCAGACCCUGGUCAUGCUGACACGUUGUAACGAACAGGGACGAGUAAAAUGUGAGCAGUACUGGGGCUCUGGCACCAAGCACUUUGAAAACAUCACUGUGACAACAACUUCUGAUGUACCACUUGAAGACUGGACCGUCAGGGACUUUAACUUAAAAAAUGUGAAAACGGCAGAGACACGCCCGGUGCGUCAAUUCCACUUCACAGCCUGGCCGGAUCACGGGGUUCCAAAAACCACGGAGCUCCUCAUCAACUUCAGACAUCUGGUCAGAGAGCACAUGGACCAGUACUCCAGACACUCUCCCACUGUGGUCCACUGCAGUGCUGGUGUUGGACGCACAGGUACCUUCAUCGCCAUCGACAGUCUGAUCUUCCAGAUUGAAAGGGAAAAUAAAGUGGACAUAUAUGGCAUCGUCCAUGAUCUGCGUAUGCACCGGCCCCUUAUGGUGCAGACUGAGGAUCAGUAUGUGUUCUUGAACCAGUGCGCCCUUGACAUCAUCAGGUCAAGAACUGGAACCAAUGUCGAUCUAAUCUACCAAAACCCGGCGGCACUCUGUAUUUACGAGAACAUAGAGCCAAACAAAGGUUUUCAUAAAAACGGGUACCACAAUGCAUAGGCCAGAGAAACUGCUCAGGUCCUCCACUUCUCUCCUUACUCUUGGCAAGAAACUGAGCAGGCAUUUGUAAAGGGAAGGCUUGCAAUAGAAUGUGCUGUAUUUAUUUUAUAUAUAUAUAUCUGUUCUUAUCAAGAAUCUUGUUACCUGGAAUUAAUCUUGUUUUUCUGGUAUUUAUUUGUUAAAGAAAUAUUUUAAUGUCUGACAAAGGAUAAAACUGUAUAUGUAGAUUUGAUUGUGGACACUGACCAAAAACGUUUCAAUUAUACACUACUGUCUUGGAUUCCAUCAGUGAAUACUUUUUUUUAUUUCUGCUUGCUUACUACUGUAAACGACUCAGUGAUGAUUCCAUUUUUAGCUCAGGUAAUAUGUUAAAUUUUUGAUUUUCUCUUCUUAUUAUGUUUUAAUGCUUAAGACAAACAUGGACUGUUGGAGAAACCUGAAAAUAUUGUCAUAAUAUAUCAUAUUUUAUCGAAGUUUGUCGGAUUGUGCAACCAAUUGUUUUUGCACCUCUUAAACCAAUUUUAAACUGUGCAAUUUUUUUCGUUUGGUUUUUGUAGAUUACUUGUAUUUGUAUGCACUGUAGUCAAUGCACUGGAUGUAUUUGUCUUUCUAUACUGUCCACUUUUUUUACAAAAUAUGAUUUUUUUUGUUAUCAGUGUCUUUGAUUGAAUUUUAUCCAAUGCUAUGUGAACCAAUUUGCUGUUUUCCCCCACAUCUGAUAAUUUUACUUUGAUUUUCUUUUUAAGAUUACAAGAAAUGGGUCACAUUUAACAAAAGCUCAGGUACUCCAACAAUGAAAACUGAACAUUUUAUUGGUAAGUGUAGUGUGUACAAGUGUAUGUGUAUGUCCUUCUUUUUCUUCAUGGUAAAUUCCUAAUAGACACAACAAUGUUACAUCACUUCCUGCUGCAUAUCUGCUCCAUCCAGGGACAUUUCCUGUGAUGAAAUCAGCGGAGGAGCAGAAGCUUCAUUUUCCACUUCUAAAGGGCAGAAUUUUCCAUGAGGCCAUGAUGAUAACUGACAUGUGCAGUUAACCCAGUAGAUCAUUUUAUACGCAUCUUUUGUUUUUGUUGUUCAUCUCAUCAUUAUGUACUUUAAAUGAUUGGAAGCACAUUUUGUAUGAAACGGAGAAAAGUAAAUAGUCAUUUUUUUAGGAUAGUGAAAUUUUAGGAUGUUUUUGAAAAUGCUUUAUGAGAUGCUUGCUGGUUCAAUGCAAAAGGUAAAAAAGGUAAAAGAAUUGAGGUUGUAAUAUAUAUAUGCUGUGCAAACGAAAUGGUAUUAAAGAUGUUACUACAUUUUUACCCCA